AUGACUUCCACCAGCAUUGGCCCUUACUUCCCUUCUACUUACAAGAGGAGGGUAGUUGUGCGCAGUGCAGGAUAUGGAGCUGGAGGAGGAAUAGGAUCUAGGUCUGCUUACUCAAGCCACGCUGCCCCAAUAACUUCCUAUGCAUCUUUACGCAGAAGUUAUCCAACACACAACCAAGCUUUUUCCAGCUACUCCUCUGUGCUUUCUGCUCCAGUGUCUGCAGCUGUCACUGAGCUUCGCCUUGACCAAGCAGCCCAGGUUAGCUCUGAGUUCAAAGUACUUAGGACCCAGGAGAAGGCUGAGCUGCAGGACCUGAAUGACCGUUUUGUAAGCUUCAUCGAGAGGGUCCAUGAACUGGAACAGCAGAACAAGUUGUUGGAGACUAAACUUCUGCUGCUCAGACAGAGGCACACAGAGCCAUCCAACCUCCGGGCCCUGUAUGAGCAUGAGAUCCGCCAGCUCCGUGCCGCUGUAGAAGAGGCCCACAAUGAGAAGCAAGCAGCCCAGGACCACAAGGAUGAGAUGGAGGAUGUAUUUAGUAACAUGCAAACACGCUAUGAGGACGAAGUGCUUGGCAGAGAGGCAUCAGAGGGCAGACUCAUGGACGCCAGGAAGGGAGUGGAUGAGGCUGCACUGGGCCAUGCUGAGCUGGAGAAACGAGUUUGUAACCUGCUGGAUGAGCUGGCCUUCCUAAAGCGCCUUUGCGAGAGUGAGAUUGCAGAGCUGCAGGCCCAAUUACAGUACAGCGCAGAGGUGUCAGUGGAGAUGGAGGUCGCCAAACCUGACCUGUCCGCUGCUCUCCGUGACAUCCGUGUUCAGUAUGAGAAGCUGGCACAUCACAACCUUCAGUCAGCUGAUGAAUGGUUCAGCAACAAGGUAAAUGUGAUGACUGUUGGCACAUCUCGCAAAACAGAGAGCGCACGUAACGCCAGAGACGAGGUAUCAGAAUACCGUCGGCUUCUCAAAGCUAGGAUUCUGGAGAUUGAUGCCGGUCGUGGGAUGAAUCAAGCUCUUGAAAACCAGCUACAGGACGUGGAGGAGAAACAGAGUGCUGAGAUCUCUGCACUGCAGGAUGCAAUAAGUCAACUGGAGGAUGAGUUGAGAGCAAACAAGAAUGACAUGGCUCACUACUUGAAAGAUUAUCAGGACCUCUUGAACGUGAAGAUGGCCUUGGAUAUCGAGAUUGCGGCCUACAGGAAUCUCCUUGAAGGAGAGGAGAACCGUCUAAAUGUGGCUGGACCAGGGUCCUUCAAUGUUUACUCCCACGCCAUGUACGCUCCUCCAUCCUAUGGAAGAACACCGUUCUCCCUGCAGUCUCAGCUGAGCUCUGCAGCUCCGUACCUGAUGAGCUCCCGCUUCUAUACUUCGUCAAUCUCCACAGAGGAAACAAUAUCCGCAAGCCAAGCACAGCAGGCUGAGGCCAGCCCUCCUCACGAUGAGCAAGAGGAGGAGGAGGUAGAGCAGGUGGUAGAGGAAGAGAAGGAGGAGGAAGCAGAGGAAGGUCAGGGAGAAGAGGGGGAGGAUGAGAAAGAGGAGGAGGCGGAAGUAGAGGAGGAGGAAAAACAAGAUGAGAGAGAAGAAGAAGCAGACGAAGAGGCUGAGGCAGCGGAUGGAGAAGAUGUCGAGGAAGGAGGAGAAGAAAUCCCACCUCAAGAAGAGGAAGAGGGGGAUGAAGUGGGUGAGAAGGAGGAGGAAACUAAAAAACAAAAAGAUGUGGAGGCCGAAGAGAAAUGUGGAAAAACAACAGAUGAAAAAGUUCAAAUGUAAAUGCUUUAAAAACACCUGUUAGCAGUGUAGCUGGAGGAUGUCUUUUCUGGUGCUCUAUAUGUACAAAGAUAUCUCUCUAAUUCAAACCAAAAAUCUCUUGAAUAUCGAAGACAACAUGAUGCCGAACAAAUUCUCUGUAUGAUCAACUUGAGUGACCAACAGCAUGUGCGCAAACUGUGCCAGCAAAGAAAUGUAACGUUAAAAACAAAUCAGAUAGUAUGUGAUAUGUGUCUGACAUAGAAAUUCUGCUUUGAGGAGAUCUGUUUGCAACCCUAACACCUGUGUGCUUUACAGUUACCAAGACAUGCCUGCAGACUCUCUGUAUGUGCAAUACCCAGUUUGAAAUGCCUUACUCCAAGUCCUCACUUAGUGCUUUAAAUCCAUGAUGUGCUGCAUUGAACUAUAAUAAAGCCUUGAAGCCUUGUCAACUCA